AUGGGCGAUCCUCUCGAAUGGGCGUUGCGCGUCGUCUUGGCCAUGGCCCUUGGCAUCCAUAGCAUUCUGGACGUCACCGAUCCCUGCCAUGGAGUCAAAAGCGAGCUGUUGCAGGUCGGGGAGUCACUACCUGGCUGGUUUCUUCCCGCUAUUGGGCUGCUGCGCGCAGCGGCUGCUUUGGAACUUUUUUCUGACAACCCGAAUGCAGUGCUCGGCGCUUUGGCAUACGCCUCUGCAUCAUGGUGUGGCGCGAUCUGUUUUCAUGUCCGCUGCAAGCAUCACCCUGCGGCUCCCGUGCCUGCCGGCUUGUUCGUGUUGCUCGUGGCCAUUCUGACGGCCAUGCGGGUCAAUCUGUGGUUUGCGCUGGCGGGAACCGCUGCGUGCGCAGCGCUGGGGGUCCUUUUGGGCUUUGUCUUUGUGACGCCUCCACCGCCUUCGCCAAGAGAUGCGGCUCUUCUUGAUGGCUGA